GUGCUUCUCUAAUCAUUAGGUUUUGGGACACUCAAACCAUGGAAUCCACGGAGGGAGCUCAUUGUGUCCAAUCUAAGGACAUACCAGACCAGCUCUGGUCUCGUCUCUUUCGAACAAGACAAGACAGCGCCCCCAUUGUAGUGAUGACUUGCGGAAUUGCUGGCGCUGGAAAGUCAACUCUCGCCAAAGCUAUCGUGACUCAACUUCCAAACUUUAAGCGACUUUCGAAUGACCAGAUCAUCUACGAGUCUCACGGUCUUUACAAAAUUGACUACCCCGCAGAUCAGUAUGAAACAUACCAGGAAGAAGCAAGCCAGAAGCUUAUCGCAGAGCUUGAACGUAUCCUGCAAGACAAGUUCAACGAUGUAGUACUAGACUUAUCGUUCUAUGAUAAAGAGUACCGCGAUGAGUACAAAGAUAUUGUUGAACGUAACGGCGGUCGUUGGGUGCUGGUAUACCUUAAUGCCAGCCGAGAUCUUCUGUGGAGCCGAAUUCAACGACGAAGAGCCGAGAGGGACUCAUUAGACGCGAAGGAUCCUGAGAGAAAUGGUGACUCAGCUUUUGAUAUCGACGAUAAGACAUUUGAUAUGUAUUUGUGCGGGUUUGAGCCACCAAAUGGCGAAGGAGAAAUCGUCAUAAAGGUAGAAUGAUGUUGGAGGCUCCAAGGAGUGCUGAACAUGCUGAAAUGUCCUUGAUAUCGUAAACGUUCCCCCGUGAACCAUCUAUUGAGACUGAUGAAAAAGCGUCGUGGCGUUCAUCAGCCACU